UUGUGAUUCUUUGUUUCUUGCCUGGGUUUUGCUUUUCUUCUUUUUUUGAAAAAACAUUUUGGAGUUCUUUCAAUCUGUAUAGGUUUCUUUCUUUUUCUUUUGAUUUCUCUGGGUCUUCUUCUGAAAUUUUAUUAUUCCUUAGUUGUUAUUUCUUGGUUUCUUGCUGUAUGAAUCUUUUAUUCGUGUUUUCUGUGUCUUGACUCUGUUUGUGGAAAAGAAUUUGGAUUUGAUUUUAAUUUAUUUAGGGUUUCUUUUUAUUUUGAUUUCAUUUCGUAGUAUUUCGUUAGUUUAUUAUUGGUUACAUACGGGUGCUUUGUUGUUUCUGAUGUUUAUAUGCAGUUUCGUUGUCUGAAAUUUAAAUUUUAAUUACGGUAUUCAAAUUCUCUAUCUUUCUCGCAACUUUAAUGUCCGGUGUUGUCUGAGCUCUUGAAGUUUUUCUGAUGAUAUUAUUUUGAUUAUGUUGGAUAAGGGUUAUUGGCAAUUUCAGGGUAAAUAUUGGGUUUGAAUUUGUUCUUUGGUGUAAUAUUUGGUUAUAAUAUAUUUACGUUUGUUGCCUUGUUUUAUUCAUAUACCUUUUUAGUACCUUUGCGUAGUGAGCCUAAUAAUGUUUGAAACAGGUUUUAUAUUGCACACCAAAUGUCUUUUAAUCUCUGCAAAAAAAAUUCAACAUUUCUUUGGCGUGACUUUGGAUUUGUGAGCCGGGGGAGACACUGGUCUUCGCAGAAGAUAUUGUUUCGACAUUGGACUUGACAGUCAGUUUUCUUUGUUUUUCUUUUGUUUAAAAGCUUAUUCUGAUUCCUUUUAGACAUCUUUCUCUAUAGUCUUGCAAAAGGCAAAACUGCUACAUAGGAUUUGGUUAUCUUCUGCUAACCACACUUUCAUCUUAAUAAUUCUUGAUUGCGCUCAAAGGCAUUACUGUAUAUUGGAUUUAGUACCUGCCUCUCAAAGUGGGACUUUCUUUUGGCAAUUAUGGGUAAAAUUUUGCUGCCCCCUGGCUUUCGGUUUCAUCCAACUGACGUUGAACUUGUUAAAUACUAUCUCAAGAGAAAAGUGAUGGGGAAAAACCUUCAUUUUGAAGCCAUUGCUGAGGUUGACAUUUAUAAAUUUGCUCCUUGGGAUCUUCCAAAUAAAUCUUGUUUGCAGACUGGGGAUCUGAAAUGGUAUUUCUUUUGCCCUAGGGAGAAGAAAUAUGCAAGCGGGACUAGAAUGAAUCGGGCAACUGGUUUGGGGUAUUGGAAAACCACAGGAAAGGAUAGAUCUGUUCAUUACAAUAAUGAAGUUGUUGGAAUGAUAAAAACCUUGGUUUUUCACAGAGGUAAAGCACCUAAAGGGGAGCGAACUGAUUGGGUCAUGUAUGAAUACAGACUAGAUGAAAAGGAGUUGGAUCUCAGAGGAGUUGCCCAGGAUGCUUAUGUGCUUUGUUCAGUAUUCAAGAAGGAUGGACCUGGCCCAAGAAAUGGUGCCCAAUACGGUGCACCAUUUAAGGAAGAAGACUGGGACGUUGAUGAUGCUGAGGAGGUGAAUAAUGCAGAGGUUGUUUCCUCUGUUGGCAUGUCUGCACCGAUGCCAAUUUGUCAAAAUAAUUCCAUUGUUAGAUCACCAUAUGUGCCAGAUGGUACAUGCUUUGGAUCUCCAUAUGAGGUGCCAUCUGAUUCAAACACUACUGCGGUGGUAGCUGAUAGUUAUGUGGAAUUAGCAGAGCCUCCCCAACUUGGAAAUGAGAAUGAUGAUAUUCUUGCAAUGUUGGCUAAUUUCUCAGAGGAAAGCCCAUUUAUUCCAAAUGAAACUAAACUGAAUGAGGUUGAUAAUAUCAAAGAUGGUGGAAACAAUGUGGCUAAUCCUUGUUCAGAUGGAAUUGAUAUUUAUAACGACUUGGCCGACCUAAGCAACCUGGUUGGAUUUGGUGAACCUGAAUAUAAUGUCUCUGGCGAUCCAUGGUGUUCAACCAUGGACCAAAUGCAAGGAAGUGAUAAGGUGCAUUUUUUGGAGUUGAGAGAUCUUGAUGCCCCUUUGAAUUGCUCUACUGAAGAUUUUGGAUAUGAGCAAGUGAACAUUGGAGGCUUUUAUGCUCCUAAUCCUUGCAACUCUGCGGAGCUUGUCCAUGGAACAGCGAAACUGCACCAGAUACAUGAAGAUGAGAAAUCACAGUUCUGAAAAAUUCUGAUUUUAUGAUUUAUCAUGGAUCUAACCAAUGGUUGAUUGAUCCAAGAAAAGGCAGCUUUUUUCUGCCCAACAUUUUCUCUGUGGACUUGUGGCUUUAUCUUCUCUUUCCUCUCGAGAGAUUUUUAAUGCCUGUUGUUGGAAACAGUUUAACAGCAUUGAAAUAACUUUGGAGUUCUAGGCUUGGGUUUGCC